AUGCUUGCUGUGGUGCAGUUGACUGCCAGGAUAGAUAGUCGUGAUUCUUGCACAUGGAACUUCUUCCUCUGGUACAAUCUUCAGACUGGCCCCUUCCCAAGGCUCAAGGGAAUCUUGCUUUCCUUUCAACCACUUAGCUGUAUUGUUGUCUUCACAAGUGAAGAUCAGAACUUAUCUCCUGUUGAUCCCGUAGAAGCUUGGAGUGUUGGGAUCCUAACGUUCCUCCACAUUCGCUUCCAGGAUGAAGUACUGGAUCUCUUCCAUCUGUUCUGUUGUGAGUAUGGUUUCGGGAAAGGUGGAGUGAUAGCCAGAAAGAAGCCCACUAGAUCAGCUCAGCCUGAUCGGAAUUACCAUAGAAGACAAGAUUUGGAUCAGGCAGUUCCCAGGUGUGCGAGUACGAAAAUACAGCACGUAAUAAGAAAGAUGGCUGUACGUGUGCUUCAUGGACACUCUGGCUUGGCACAUGUGUUGGGGUAUGAAGACCCCGCCACUUCGCACCUGAGGCUGCUACUUUACAGCAUAGGUUGUCAGUAUGAGGGAUCUAUCAUCGACAGUGGGGAGGGAGGACAAGUUGAGGAACACCAACUGGGGACUGUUGGGGUGGUCGAGAGGGACCAGUGGGGGGUCGAGUGUGACCCCUCUGAGCGUCUCAGGUUCGACCAUAUCCUAGAGAAAGUGUUAGCCCAGCUGGAACCUGUUUGUCUCUCUGAGCAAAAUUUCUGUGUGUCCUUCUUCCAGUUGGACGUCCUCAGUCCCACCACCAAGAAUACACAGACAACAUUGGAUGGUCUGUCAGGGGACAACCGGACAGAGCUUGAGGCAGUAGUGCUACCUCAGAAACGCAUUGAGAAGCAGGUCAAUGAGGAGGUGCGUAAGAUGAUGGCUGACAUUUUCAGUUGUAUAGAGCCAGAAUUAGUGAACUUCAUCAACCAUCACGAGAAGCUCGACAGCAUGCAUGGAGUUAGACAAAGGUAUUGCUAUCUGGAGAAUGCAGUUAACAGACAUUAUCAAUCCUACUGCAUGUAUGCGCUGGUGAGAUUCAGCCAACACGUGAUGUCAGCACAAGACACUGGCUCGUUCCUCAGCAUGACGUUUGGCUCGGUGUUGGUGCAGGUCAAGCGGAACUAUGAUCGCUACAUGCAGGCUCAACUGCGCUCCAUUCACGAGUCCAAGGUCAACCGCAAGUCCAAGUGUGGAAUACUGCCUUUUGUUGCCAACUUUGAGGAGUUUGCAAACCACGCAGAAUUGAUAUUCAAGGACACAGAACGUCGGGGUGACUUGGAUAAGUGGUACAUCAAACUUGGGACAGCCAUGUUUGAGGUGAUCCCCUCAGUUGCAGCAGACCACCACAAGACACCCUCUGAGGUCGUCAAAAUGGAAAAUUUCCACCACAUGUUCUCUCUGCUCUCACAAUUGAAGAUAUCAGUGCUAGAUGCUCACAAGAAGGAAGCCAAACAAAAAUAUAAUGAUGCAUUGAAAGCUUAUGUCACCAGAUACUUUGGGCGUCCUCUUGAAAAACUUAAUCAAUUUUUUGACGGGGUCCAAGUAAAGGUAGCUCAGGGAGUAAAGGAGUCGGAGAUCAGCUACCAGAUGGCCUUCAGCAAGCAAGAAUUGAGAAAGGUGAUUCGAGAAUACCCUGGGAGGGAGGUGAGGAAAGGUCUUAAUGAUCUCUACAAGAAGGUUGAGAAGCACUUGUGUGAAGAAGAAAACCUCCUUCAGGUGGUGUGGAGAGCAAUGCAAGAAGAGUUCAUCCAACAGUACAAGUAUAUUGAGAACCUGAUCCAACGAUGUUACCCUGGCUCUAUGAUUACGUUAGACUUCUCCAUAGAAGAUAUUCUUCAGUUCUUUUCAGAGAUUGCCCGGUCUCAUUAGAUUAUACUUGGUUAAACUCACAUUUGAUGAAUUAAUGUUUAAUUCUUUGUAAAACAUGUAUAAGAUUAACCCUAGAUCAGGCGAUCAAUUAUUCCUUUGCUGGCAGGCCUAUUUUAGCUGAUUAAGACAGGUUCUUUUAAAUCAUUCUCAGGCUUAUUGUUUUUAAACAUAUACUUGUAUAUUGUUUUUUUCUGCAAGAAAAAUUGAAUGUAUUUUUUUAUAAAUAGUUUUAAAAUUUUUGUCUUACACAGAAGAAAAAUUACAAAAGCUAAUUUUACAAUUAUUAACUUUUGUUGUAAAAAAACCAACUUUUAAGUUCCGUAGUUCCUAAAAGAAAUGUUUAUUGAAUAAAUCAAGAUAAUUAGUAAAUAUAUCCCAAAGUAAGGCAUUAAAAAACAUUUCAUGAAAGUAAGAAAUAAAAAUAUACUAUUACUAAAA